UGUUUAUUUCCGGCGAGAAACGGAAGUCCACGCAGGGCGACUGUGGAGGUGACCGAAUGGCAGACAGCAACAACAUUUUGAUAUAAUAGGCAAGAUUAGCACGGAACAAAGACAAGCGGAACAUAUUAUAUUCAUAUAGUCGCGGGUAAACCAUGGGAGCCCAUUUGGCCAGACGGUACAUCACUGAGACGGACACCGAGCCGGACCCUGCGAAGAAGUAUGAAUUCGACCCAGCGUACGGCUUCGGAGAGCGAAAAGAGAGAGAAAUGGUUGCAAACCAGGAGCAGAUGAACUUGGCCCAGCUGCCUUUGGAGCAGAGGGACUAUUGUGCCCAUCAUCUCCUAAAACUCAUGAAGUGCAAGAGGGACAACUGGCCCAACUUCCUGGCCUGCAAGCACGAGAGACAUGACUGGGACUACUGUGAACACCAGGACUAUGUGAUGCGUAUGAAGGAGUACGAGAGGGAGAGGAGGCUCCAGCUGAGGAAGAAGAGAAUUGAGGCCCAGGCUCAAGCCGCAUAAUCAGUACAUCCUCUUAUUCUUUGUAUAUAUGAGCUACUGUUCACAAUAAACAAUUGAGUUUCAUCUUCA